AUGAGGUUCAGCCCUUUCAACGAUGAUUAUGCCUCGCAAAUUCAACAGAGCUAUUCAUGGGAACGAACGCCAUCCUAUGCCCCUACCCCUGGUAAUUUCGGCCGUGAUCGUACGCCUUCCGUAUUUAGCUUUUCUUCCAACCGUGAGCCUGAUGAACGUUCCUCCCCUUUGCGUCAAAAUAUACCCAACCAAUUAGAUUUCCUCCAAGUGGAUAAUCGGGGAAAUGGAACAACAAAUGAUAAACAGCCACCAACCAGCAUUCGUUAUCUAAUUGAGUGGAAGGUAACGCUGAACAACCGGGUUGUGAAAAAAGACACAGAACAAGAUUUGGUUCUACGACCCAGUUCGUACUGGGAGCAAAUAAAGCAAAAUGCUGAAAGUACCGUACGUCGGAAAAUUAAGCGCAACCAGCGGGUCAGAUUAGAUGAUACUGAAGUCAUUGUAUCUGUAAAUGACCGUUCACAAGAUGAUCUUUUCAAAACCUUUGAUAAUACUAACAUUGAUUGGACAAGCAUAGAAAGGCAGCUCUUGAUGUGGGGAAAUCUGUUACAUGCGGGCAAAAGGCUACGACUUCGUAUUACAAUUAACUAUAUAGAGGACAGCGACCUACCUCUAUCAAGAAAUACUGACAAGCGUGGGACAACAUCAGUGACCAAGAAGAUGCUUACCGAACGAGAUGUUCAGAUUGAUGCCGAAUAUGCCUCGGGACAACCCUCAGUUUGGCGAGAUGUGUAUAGAAUAAUGCGUUGUUCUGGUCCACCAUGUCGACACGAAGGACAAUAUUGUUGGCAGAACCCUGUUGGGAAAAAGCAUUAUAAACUUAAAACGCACCAUCUCAAGAGCCUGGUCAAGUUUGUUGAGAGAGGUGGCACUAUAGAGACCCACGAUGAUGUUCCCGAAGAAGUUCGUCAACAACUGUACGACGAGGAGGAAGAGCGACACGAGAAACAAAAGAAAGGUCCCAAUCACUCCUUGCCAGGGUCAAUGUGUCCGAUCAAUAUUAAUGUCCUCCCGACACAGUCGUCUCUUCCCCCCGCGAUGGGCACUGAUACAGGGAGUACUACUCAUGCUGAUCCUAUUCAUAUUUCCGGACCACUUGAUAUCGCCGUCGAGGAAUACACUGCUUGGCAGAUAUCCCGCGUGAGCCGUGAGACCUUUAAGGAACAGAUUGUCAACGCAGGCAAUGUGGCAUUAGAGAACUGCCUCGAUCUCAAACAGAUUGACAAAGAUCAAGACUCGGAAUUUUUUGUCAAACGAGGUGUGAAAGUUGGUGCUGCUCGCCGUCAGGGUAUUAUCCGCGAAGACACCCCAAGCAAUGCCUACAUCGUUGUCCAUAAUACAAACACCUACGCCAACUGGUACGAGACAGCGCGUAUCUAUCCUUCGGCAAAAUUGUCUUUCGAAGCCAGGAAGCGCGCCGAAGAGUACGGGAAUGAUUGUAAGGAUGAUGACGGAAACCUACUAAAAGAUGAAUCACGUGGUGGAUUUCAAUACUUGGAAGUUGCUCAUAUUCUUCCCCUUUAUUUGCAAACUGUGGCACCUGGAGAAACGGAUUUAACCGAGUCAAAGAAGAAUGUGUUUCGAAUAUUAGAUAUGUUCGAACCAGGAAUAAGUCACCGUCUUGAUGCAUCCAAGAUUGAUAGCCCCGUGAAUGCUCUCACGUUGACACUGGAUUAUCACUGA